AUGGCCCGCUUUCAAUUACCCAUCCUCCUCCUCCUCAUCGCCACCGUCCCCCUCAUCUCCGCCCUCCACGACCUCACCGGAGAUUUUCUCCGAUUACCCUCCCAAACUUCCACAUUCCUCAACGAUAACAACGAAGGCACCCGAUGGGCCAUCCUAAUCGCUGGCUCCAAUGGCUACUGGAAUUACAGACAUCAGUCUGAUGUAUGUCACGCAUAUCAAGUGUUGAGGAAAGGUGGUUUAAAAGAGGAGAAUAUUAUUGUUUUUAUGUAUGAUGAUGUUGCUUACGACGAAGAGAAUCCACAUCCUGGAGUCAUCAUUAACAGUCCAAAUGGAGAGAAUGUUUACAAGGGAGUCCCUAAGGAUUAUACGGGUGAAGAUGUUACUGUGGGCAACUUCUUUGCUGCUUUACUUGGAAAUAAGUCGGCUCUUAGUGGCGGCAGUGGGAAGGUUGUGGAUAGUGGUCCCAAUGAUCAUAUAUUUGUUUACUAUAGUGAUCAUGGGGGUCCUGGAGUGCUUGGGAUGCCCACUAGUCCGUACAUGUUCGCAUCCGAUUUAGUUGAAGUCUUGAAGAUGAAACAUGCUGCUGGAACUUAUAAAAGCCUUGUAUUUUAUCUAGAGGCAUGCGAAUCUGGGAGUAUCUUCGAAGGUCUUCUUCCUGAAGGUCUAAAUAUCUAUGCAACUACUGCCUCAAACGCAGAAGAAAGCAGUUGGGGAACAUAUUGUCCCGGGGAGGAUCCUAGUCCUCCCCCGGAAUAUGAAACCUGCUUGGGUGACCUAUAUAGUGUUGCUUGGAUGGAAGACAGUGACAAACACAAUUUGCAAACAGAAACUUUGCACCAGCAAUAUGAAUUGGUAAAAGAAAGGACGUCAAACGGGAAUUCAGAUUUUGGUUCCCAUGUGAUGCAAUACGGUGACAUUGAGCUUAGCAGGGAUAGUCUAUUCCUAUAUCUGGGAUCAAAUCCUUCAAAUGAAAAUUUUACUUUUGUGGGUAGAAACUCACUAGUGCCACCUUCCAAAGCGACCAACCAGCGUGAUGCAGAUCUAAUCCAUUUCUGGGAUAAGUUCCGCAAAGCUCCUCAAGGUUCUCCUAGGAAAAUUGCAGCUCAGAAGCAAGUUCUGGAAGCAAUGUCUCACAGAUUGCAUAUAGAUGACAGCAUGAAACUUAUUGGAAAACUUCUAUUUGGCAUGAAAAAGGGUCCAGAGGUGCUCACCAGUGUUAGACCAGCUGGGCAGCCUCUUGUUGAUGACUGGGACUGCCUCAAAACACUGGUUAGGACCUUUGAGACAUAUUGCGGAUCUCUAUCACAGUAUGGGAUGAAACACAUGAGGUCCUUUGCGAACUUCUGCAACGCAGGAAUACACAGAGAGCAUAUGGCUGAGGCCUCUGCACAAGCAUGCACCAAUAUUCCAGCCAAUCCAUGGAGCUCUCUGCACAGUGGUUUCAGCGCAUAA